AUGUUCAGAUCAUCAGCCCAGAUACUGGGAGAGCUCUACGGAGAUGGACACGAUGGUGUACAGCGCUGUCACUCUUUCUUGUGCUGCCAGCAGAGCUUUUCAUCCGGCAGGCUUGUCGAUGACAGGUGUGUGAUCCAGCCUGAUGCUGGAGACCUGGCCAACCCUCCCAAAAAGUUCAGAGAUUGCCUCUUCAAGGUGUGUCCCAUGAACAGAUACUCAGCCCAGAAGCAGUUCUGGAAGGCAAAACAAGGAAAACAAGGAAACAACAACACACAGGGAGACCUGUUUAAGAAGUUACAGCAUGCAGCAGAACUGGAGCAGAAGCAGAACGAGUCGGAGAACAAGAAGCUCCUUGGAGACAUUGUCAAAUACAGUAAUGUCAUCCAGCUCCUGCACAUUAAGAGCAAUAAAUACCUGACGGUGAACAAGCGUUUGCCUGCUCUGCUUGAGAAGAAUGCCAUGCGAGUUUCUUUGGACCCAGCCGGGAAUGAGGGCUCCUGGUUCUACAUUCAGCCCUUCUGGAAGCUCCGCAGCGAAGGAGAUAAUGUGGUGGUUGGAGACAAGGUGGUGCUAAUGCCAGUGAACGCAGGGCAGCCUCUUCAUGCCAGUAACAUCGAGCUGCUGGACAACCCUGGCUGCAAAGAGGUCAAUGCUGUUAACUGUAACACCAGCUGGAAGGUCGCCUUGUUCAUGAAGUUUAGUGACUACAGGGAAGAUGUUUUAAAAGGGGGAGAUGUGGUGAGGCUGUUUCACGCUGAGCAGGAGAAGUUUCUGACCUGUGACGACUACAAGAAGCAGCAGCACAUCUUUCUCAGGACCACACUGCGGCAGUCUGCCACCUCCGCCACCAGCUCCAAGGCUCUCUGGGAGAUUGAGGUUGUGCACUACGACCCCUGUAGAGGCGGAGCCGGCCAGUGGAACAGUCUCUUCCGCUUCAAACACCUGGCGACUGGGAAUUACCUCGCAGCUGAGGUGAACCCUGAAUUCAAAGACAACACGGUGGAGCCCAAAGGAGAGAAUGAAACAGAUAUUGUAUUCUCGAAGAGGAAGCAUCAAGCGGCAGAGAAGAUUGCUUUCACCCUGGUUUCUGUUCCCCAUGGGAAUGACAUUGCCUCUCUGUUUGAGCUAGAUGCCACCACCCUGCAGCGGGCAGACUGUCUCGUGCCCAGAAACUCCUAUGUGAGACUUAGGCACCUGUGUACCAACACCUGGGUGACAAGCACCAACGUCCCCAUCGAUGCAGAGGAGGAGCGUCCGGUUAUGCUCAAGAUUGGCACCUGUCCCACUAAAGAGGACAAAGAGGCUUUUGCUAUCGUUUCUGUGCCCCUGUCGGAGGUCCGAGACUUGGACUUUGCCAAUGAUGCCAACAAGGUCCUGGAGUCCACUGUGAGGAAGCUUCAGUACGGCAACAUCUUUCAGAAUGAGAGAAGGUUUGUGACUAAGCUCCUGGAGGACUUGGUUUUCUUUGUGUGUGUGGUACCAAACAAUGGCCAGGAUGUUCUGUCAGUGGUCACCUCUACACCCAACCGAGAGAGGCAGAAACUCAUGAGGGAACAGAACAUCCUCGCCCAGAUUUUUGGCAUCCUGAAGGCUCCAUUCACAGAUCAGGGUGAAGGUCCGAUGCUAAAGCUGGAGGACUUGGGAGACCAGCGCUAUGCUCACUUCAAGUACAUGUUGAGACUCUGCUACAGGGUGCUGCGCCACUCCCAACAGGACUAUCGCAAGAACCAGGAAUAUAUAGCCAAAAAGUUCUCAAUCAUGCAGUCUCAGAUUGGGUAUGAGAUCCUGGCUGAGGACACAAUCACUGCCCUGCUGCACAAUAACCGCAAGCUGCUGGAAAAACACAUCACAGCCAAAGAGAUUGAGACCUUCGUCAGCCUGCUGAGGCGCAACAGGGAGCCCAGAUUCCUGGAUUAUCUCUCUGAUCUCUGUGUGUCCAACAAGACUGCCAUCCCCGUCACACAGGAGCUUAUCUGUAAAUUUAUGCUGAACCCCACCAACGCAGAUAUCCUCAUCCAGACCAAACUAAUCCCUAACACAGAGACCACCCUGGAGUCAUCUCUGCUGCAGGAGGAGGUAGAGGACGAGGAGGUUUGGCUCUACUGGAUAGACAGCCACAAGGAGCCUCAUGGCAAAUCCAUUCGACACUUGGCCCAGGAUUCUAAGGGCAAUCAUAAGAUGGAUGUAGAUAUCAUCACUUAUUACAGGUACCAGCUCAACCUGUUUGCUAAAAUGUGUCUGGACCGUCAGUACCUAGCCAUCAACCAGAUCUCCAGUCAGCUACCUGUGGAUCUGAUCCUGCGCUGCAUGUUUGACGACUGCCUACCCUACAACCUCAGAGCCUCCUUCUGCCGUCUCAUGCUGCAUAUGCAUGUGGACCGUGACCCACAGGAGGCUGUGGUGCCUGUACGCUACGCCCGCCUCUGGACCGAGAUCCCCUCCAAGAUCACCAUCCAUGAGUUUGAGUAUGAGUCUACUGACACCUCAAGAGAUGAGAUGAAGAGGAAGUUUGCUCCCACCAUGGAGUUUGUGGAAGAAUACCUUAGAGAUGUGGUCAGUCAGCCUUUUCCAUUUGGUGACAAAGACAAGAAUGAACUCACACUAGAGGUGGUGAAUCUGGCUCGUAACCUGGUUUACUUUGGUUUCUACAGCUUUAGUGAGCUGCUGCGUCUAACACGCACUCUGCUGGCCAUCCUGGAUAUUGUCCAGCACCCACUCACCUUCAUGAACAAGCUCAACAAGAGCCCAGAGGCUGGCAACAAUGUCCUGCGUACGAUCCAUGGAGUUGGAGAAUUGAUGACUCAGAUGGUGAUGAGUCGGGGUGUGCCGCACAGCCUCCCCGACACCUCUCCCUCCUUGCGCUACGGGAAAGGACUCUUCCUGCCAGACAAUGAGGAUGUCAUGGUGAUGGACACCAAGCUGAAGAUCAUUGAAAUCCUGCAGUUCAUCCUGAGUGUGAGGUUGGACUAUAGGAUCACAUACUUGUUGUCCAUCUACAAGAAAGAGUUCGGGGACAAGAGCAUAACUGACAGCUCCGUCUCAUUGGCGGAUAUGCCCCCAGUGACACCUUCUGAACCAGACAUAGAUGAGAUUGCAACCAAAGCAGAAAGCAUGUUUGCCGGCAGCUCAGAGUUAAGUGCGGUGGAGCUGGACGAUGAGGGUGGACGGACGUUUUUGAGGGUUCUGAUCCAUCUCAUCAUGCAAGAUUACCCCCCACUGGUGUCCGGCUCGCUGCAACUCAUCUUUAAACACUUCAGCCAAAGAGCUGAAGUGCUGCAGGCCUUUAAACAGGUCCAGCUGCUCGUGUCUGAGCAGGAUGUAGAGAACUACAAGCAGAUCAAGACAGACCUUGAUCAGCUGCGUCUGACUGUCGAGAAGUCAGAGCUGUGGGUGGAGAAGAGUGGAGUCUACAGUGGUGAAGACCUGGGGGUCAGACAGGGCAAAGAACAGAACAUUGAGGAGGUUGUGCUGAGCCCAGUACAGGAUGGAGAUAAUAAACCACAAAUUGACAGCAACAAAGCAAACAACUAUAACAUUGUCAAAGAGAUCCUACUGCGGCUCAGUAAGCUGUGUUAUCCCUGUAAGAAGAGUCGUGUGCAGCAGCAGAGGCUGCUGAAGAACAUGGGGGUGCAUACUGUGGUGCUGGAUCUGCUGCAGAUCCCCUAUGAGAAAACUGAUGAGAAGAUGAAUGAGAUCAUGACCCUGGCACAUACGUUUCUGCAAAACUUCUGCAGAGGAAACCCUCAGAACCAAGUUCUGUUAAAUAAACAUCUGAACCUUUUCCUCACUCCAGGGUUGCUGGAAGCAGAGACAAUGCGCCACAUCUUUAUGAACAACUUCCAGCUGUGCAAUGAGAUCAGUGACCGUGUGGUCCAUCAUUUUGUCCACUGCAUCGAAACACAUGGGAGACAUGUUCAGUACCUCAAGUUCUUGGAAACCAUUGUGAAAGCUGAUGGGAAGUAUGUGAAGAAAUGUCAGGACAAAGUCAUGACAGAGCUGGUGAACGGAGGUGAGGAUGUGCUGGUGUUCUACAAUGACCGCUCCUCCUUCCCAGUGUUGCUGCAGAUGAUGGGCUCAGAGCGAGAGCGAACAGAAGAAGAUGGGGCUCUGGCCUACCACAAUACGCUCGUGGAACUACUGGCUGCCUGCACCGAGGGCAAGAAUGUCUACACUGAGCUGAAAUGCAACUCUCUGCUACCACUGGAUGACAUUGUCAAAGUUGUCACAGAUGUCCACUGUAUACCAGAGGUGAAAACUGCUUAUGUGAACUUUGUGAAUCACUGCUACGUGGACACAGAGGUAGAAAUGAAGGAGAUCUAUACCUCCAACCAUAUCUGGAAGCUCUUUGACAACUUCCUGGUAGACAUGUCCAGGGUGUGCAACACUACCACAGACCGUAACCAUGCCGAUCCUGCCAUGGAGAAGUAUGUGACAGAGACAGUGAUGGCCAUUGUUAAGGGUUUCUUCAGCUCGCCAUUCUCUGUCAACCACUCCAACCUGCAGACAAACCAGUCUGUCUUCAUCAAGCUGCUCCAGUCUGCUUUUAGGAUCUACAGCUGCACUUGGAUCAACUCAGCUCAGAAGGCUAAUAUUGAGAGCUGUAUCAAAACACUGGCUGACGUUGCUAAGGCACGGGCCAUCGCCAUCCCAGUGGACCUGGACAGUCAGGUCAACACUUUGUCUCUCAAGGUCCACAGCAACAUGGUGCAGCGAGCAGCCAAGGACUGGAGGAUUUCUGCCCGCACGCGACCGCGUAAGGAGCCUCUCGGUGGCCCCGACUACAAGAACAUCAUUGAGAAGCUGCAGGGGGUCGUGUCUCUUCUGGAGGAGCAGUUCAGUCCAAAGGUUCAAGCAGAGUUUUCUGUGCUGGUGGAUGUUCUUCACAGCCCCGAGCUGCUGUUUCCAGAGGCUGCUCGGUUACGCUGCGAGAGCGGUGCUUUCAUGUCUAAUCGGAGAGAUCUGCAGACAGCAGAGCUGCGAGAUGGCUGGAGGAGGGAGGGGGUGAAAAGGGGGGUGCGAGGAUGCCGGAGCUGGGGAUCGGGGAAGGACUUGAGAAAGAUUCUCCUCACACGCUACUUUGGAAAUCAAAAGCUUCUCUCCAAGUCAGAGCUUGGGAGUGGAAACAGCUCAUCUGGCGGCUUUGUCAAGCCGUCAUCUGGAGUAGGUUCUCCCAUGCUGGACUCUGACAAGCCAGGCAGCAGUAUGGUGGAGAUCCAGUGUCUCUUGGACAAUGUUGGCGCAUCAGAGCUGGUGAUUGAUCUCAUCGUCAACACCAAGAACGACCGGGUGUUUGAGGAAAGCAUCCUGCUGGGCAUUGCCCUUCUCCAGGGCGGAAACACACAAAUACAGAACUCCUUCUAUAACCAACUGUACAAGCAGAAGAAGUCCGAGAGGUUCUUCAAGGUUUUCUAUGACCGCAUGCGUUUGGCCCAGCAAGAGAUCCGAGCCACUGUGUCCGUCAAUAUGUUUGAGCUCAGCUGCAGGAAAAGGGACGAAGACAGUGACGUCAGUAGCAUCAGGUUCAAGAAAGGGAAAGACUCUGGGCUUCAUAUGAGGGAGGACAUGCGAGGGCAACUGAAGGAGGCCUCCUCAGUGACCUCAAAGGCCUUCUGUGCAUUCAGAAAGGAGCUAGAUCCCGACCUUGAAGGCCUCGGCCAGAACAGUGAGAUAAUCGGGGCCGAAGAGGCUUUAGAAGAAACUCAAAUGAGCCCAGCCAUCACCAUCAUGAAACCAAUCCUACGUUACCUGCAGCUGCUCUGUGAAAACCAUAAUUCAGACCUGCAGAACUUUCUGCGCAACCAGAAUAACAAGACCAACUACAAUCUGGUGUGUGAGACUCUUCAGUUCUUGGACUGUAUUUGUGGAAGCACCACUGGAGGCCUCGGACUGCUGGGCCUUUAUAUAAAUGAGAAUAAUGUGGACCUGGUUCGCCAAACCCUGGAAACCAUCACAGAGUAUUGCCAGGGCCCCUGCCAUGAAAACCAGACCUGCAUAGCCAGGCAUGAGUCAAAUGGCAUUGACAUUAUUAUAGCACUAAUUGUCAACUCCAUCAACCCCCUGGGGAAGAAUCGGCUGGACCUGGUGCUGGGGCUCAAGAACAACGCCUCCAAGCUCCUACUGGCCAUCAUGGAGAGCCGCCAUGACAGCGAGAACGCAGAGAAAAUUCUCUACAAGAUGAGACCUACUGAACUGGUGGAUGUAAUGAAGGAAGCCUAUGCCCAGGGUCUGGAGAGUGAUGAGGACGAGGACAACGCUGGAGACAAGAUCAAGCCCAAAGAUGUCGGACACAACAUUUACAUUCUGGCUCACCAGCUGGCCCGACACAAUAAGAUCCUGCAGCAGAGCUUGAGGCCAGGGUCGGUGCUGGGGUCGGCAUCAGGGGUGGACACUGACAAUGAGAAGGACGACGCCCUUCGUUACUAUGCUAAUCACACAGCUCAGAUAGAGAUUGUGCGUCACGACCGCACCAUGGAGCAGAUAGUGUUUCCGGUCCCCAACAUCUGCGAGUACCUCACUGAGGAGUCCAAGAUGCGCGUGUUCACCACAACCGAGAGAGAUGACCAGGGCAGCAAGGUUAACGACUUCUUCCAGCAGUUUGACAACCUCUACAAUGAGAUGAGGUGGCAGAAGAAGAUCCGCAAAAAUAAGGCUCUGUUCUGGUUCUCACGCCACAUCUCUCUUUGGGGGAGCAUCUCCUUUUACCUGGCCUGUCUGCUCAACAUUGCUGUGGCUGUUUUUUACCCCUUUGGUGAUGAUGGAGAUGAGGGAACCUUGUCCCCGUUCUGGAAUAUCUUACUGUGGGUGGCGUUGGGGGUGUUCACCACAUUACUUCCUGUCUUACCCAAGCCGUGGGGCAUCCUGUUCUUCCUGGUCUCCCUCAUUCUACGUGCCAUCUACACCAUGGGCCUGGGUCCUGCUCUGUUGUUGCUCGGUACUAUCAAUCUGUUCAACAAGUUAGUCUUUCUUGUGAGUUUUGUGGGCAACCAGGGGACGUUCACUCGAGGCUAUAAAGCAGUUGUUAUGGACAUGCUCUUUAUCUUCCAUUUGUGCUAUGCCAUCAUCUGCGUCCUGGGCCUCUGCGUGCACGAGUUCUUCUACAGCUUUUUGUUGUUCGACCUGUUGAAACGAGAGGAGACGCUGCUCAACGUGAUUAAGAGUGUGACGAGGAAUGGCCGCUCUAUUAUUCUGACAGCUGUGUUGGCCAUCUUUCUUGUCUACUUCUUCUCUAUCAUUGGCUUCCUCUUCCUCAAGGAUGACUUCCGCUUGGAGGUGGACCGCCUUCCUACACCAGGAAAAGAGGAUUUAUUGAGUAAUAAAGGAGUUGGCAACUCAUGUAUGAAAGACAGCUGCCCUGUUUCAACAUCCAAAUCUGUUACUGAUGAAGACAAUGGGACAGAGAGGAUGUGCGACACGCUGCUCAUGUGUAUAAUCACAGUGUUGAACCACGGCCUACGUAAUGGAGGAGGUGUGGGCGACAUUCUCAGGAGACCCUCCAAAGAUGAGCCUCUGUUUGCGGCCCGAGUGGUUUACGACCUUCUGUUCUUCUUCGUCGUUAUCAUCAUCGUUCUUAACCUCAUCUUUGGUGUCAUCAUCGACACCUUUGCCGACUUGAGAAGCGAGAAACAAAGGAAGGAGGAGAUCCUGAAAACCACCUGUUUCAUCUGUGGGUUGGAAAGAGACAGAUUUGACAAUAAGACAGUGUCCUUCGAGGAGCAUAUCAAAUCCGAACACAGCAUGUGGCACUACCUUUACUUCCUAGUUCUGCUCUCUGCCCAGCUCGAGUACAUUAUGCACAUGUACGUGGUGAAACACACCAGCAGUAUGGUGGUGGCAGCAGACUCUAUUUCAGCCUGUUAUGCCUUUCACCUUUCUCACUGUUCCACUCACAUCCCAUCUCUCCCUCUUUCCUCCCAGGAGGAGAACUUGGAUUGGUUCCCCCGUAUGAGAGCCAUGUCUCUGGUGAGCAGCGAGGGAGACAACGAGCAGAAUGAGAUGCGCUCUCUGCAGGAGAAACUGGACAGCACUGUCACUCUGGUGGCUCAGCUGUCAGGCCAGCUGGCUGAGCUCAAGGAACAGAUGACAGAACAGAGGAAGAACAAGCAGAGGCUUGGAUUUCUGGGUCCUCCUCAGCCCAACCAUCACAUCCCUGCCCACUGAGGGGCUCAAGGCUCAAAGAGACCCCAGUCUAAGCAGGCUCGCAGUAGAAACCAGAUAGACGUCCAGACACACACAAAAACUCCUGCCUUAAGAACAAUACAUGUACCCAGAGUACACUUACAAUUGCUGAUGUCAAUAUGCAAGAGGCCAGCAAGUGUAGACGCAUCAUUUUUGAGAUAGUGCCUUCUGUGUGACACAAGCACUGCCUUAUGGGAUACAAACUGUGCCUUAUGUGCUCACUCGGUCACUAGGAGCAUGGUUUACUGGCCGCAUCUACACACCCUCGUACAGAGGAACUUGUCUCUGAGAAUAAUUGGCCAGGCACAGCACACAUCUGCCCGUGUAGUGUCAGGGAAAUGUUAAGGUGAGGUUAAUCGUUAAGUUCAGUCAAGUCUGUGGACGACUACGUCUAGACCUUCAUUCCUCAACUGUGCAGAUGUGUCAGAGCGGACCGACUGGCUGCACAGAGGUCAGUGAUUGACAGCGAACAGAGACGUUUUUUUUUUCAAUCUUGCAUCACCGAUUGGCCUCGAGGGAAAGAACAUUAAGAAUUCUCCCUUUUACCUUUUAGAGUUCUGAUGGUAUUUAUAAGAAAAUGUGCGGUUCAUAACUGGAGUAUUAUUUUUUGCAUUUUGUAAAAGGAAUCAUGCUGCCUUACUCUUUAACUUUUAUAAACAGUACAUUGCAAUUGCUGAAAGUGCACUUUUAAAAAGGGUAAAUAAUUUAAGCCUAUAACUGAAAACAUUGAUUAGUUUGGGGUAUUAUUUUUGGUAUAAGUUUUAUGUUUAAAAAAAUGCAUUCACUGCACCAUUUCAGUUUCCUUUUUACAGAUUUCUACAGAGUAUAUACGUAACAGAAAUGUGAAUAAAAAUAAUAAUUACCCAUGCAGAACUUACUUGAAAUUUCUUUUAAGUCUAAAUCUUAUAUUGGUACAUAAUGUAGUCUCGACUGGAGAUGGUAAGCUUACAGUUCUUUGUUACAAUAUGAACAUCCUCGUGUCUGUAGAGAUGUCAGCUAAUACUGUAAUAUUUACUGUAUCUGCUCAUAUCAUCUUUGUGUUCUACUGUCUUUUAAAGUUCUUAGUGUAAAUCAUCCUCACUAGUCUCUUUUGGACUGCAACUGAUUAAGUCUGAACUUGUGUUUUAAACUUGCACAAAAUAAUGGCAGAUUAUGAGUGCAUGCACUUGAUGGUAGCUGUCCUGUGACACUUUCUGUUAAAACAAAGUGUAUAGUAAAAUGUCUUUUAUGUGGUUGGCUAUUGUAAUAAAUUUGUGACGUAAAGACUC